UACUACGUGGCCUCAAUCUGACGCUAAGACUCCCGAAAGGUCUUCCCUGAGCUUUGAUCGUACGGGACUGGCAUGACCUGCACCAUCUCUUUUUAUGCACCUCGCCUCUCCUAAUCCCACUCUCCUCCUAAUAGAAUCCCUCCCUCACUUGUGCGAUUUCUUAGUUCACUCUAUUAGAAGCCAGUGAUAGUGCCUGGCAACCGAAAACAAAAAUAAAAAGAAAAGAAAGAGGCGAUGGCUACAAUUCCAUCGGCCGUCAAAGCCUACGCAGUGCCUUUUUUUCUAUUCGCGCUCUCUAUUUUCUAUCAGCUCGUUGUUCUUCCUCGCUCUUUUCCUCUUUCGCAUUACGAUGUUUUGAGGAUUAAAAGGUAUAGUUCUAUCGAAGAAGUGGAAAAUGCGUACGAGAAGCUUUCUUCCAAGUGGAAUGCAGGAGAUAAGGUUCCUACUGCUGUUGAUUUUUUAGAGAUUCAAUAUGCAUAUGAAUUGUUGAAAAAUCCUUUAUGGAAAAGGGACUAUGACUUAUUUAACAUUGAUGAGCAACUUCAUAUGCUUGACAAGUUCAAAGAGCUAUAUGCCGGUGAAAGCUUCUCACAAAUAGGCCUUCCCUUACUAGAUGCUAAAUCUUUUGAUCCUCCAGAUCAUACUCUUAAUUCCAUUACAACUGAGGACUUUUGGUCUAUAUUCAGUGAUUCUAAGCCAUGGCUUAUUCAGGUGUACUCACUUGGGAGUAGCCGCUCUGCCCAAUUCUCUAAUUCUUGGAAAAAAAUUGCUUAUUCAUUGGAUGGGGUAGCAAAUACUGGUGCGGUUGAACUUGGCGAGGUUCAACUUGCAAUAUCUCUUGCUGAGAAAAAGCCAACUGGAGGAAUCUUCUUUAGAAAUGGGCUUCCUUCACUUGUUGCUUUUCCGCCUGGGUGUAAAAUAUUGGAAUGUCUUAUGAGGUAUGAGGGAGAUCUCUCUGUUGAUGCAGUUACCAACUGGUUUGCCACUGCCGUGCUCAGUUUACCUCGCAUUUUGUAUCAUUCAAAAGAUUCACUGGGAAAGCAUUUUCUGGCAAAAAGCGGUCCCCACAAGGUCAAAGUCAUUUUCUUCUCGAAAACGGGAGUGCGUGCUACUCCAUUCUUAUGUCAGAUUGCAAAAGAUUAUUGGGAUUAUGCCUCCUUUGCAUUAGUGCUUUGGCGAGAAGAGGAUUUCUCCUUGUGGUGGAAUACGUUUGAAGUGGAAUCUGCCCCUGCUAUAGUAUUCUUGAAAGAUCCAGGAGUUAAACCUGUUGUUUUCCAUGGAUCGUUCAACAAUUCAUGGUUUUCAGAUGUCAUGGAAAAGAAUAAACUGCAAGAACUUCCUCAGUUAAGAAGUGUGACAUCAAUGGAGCUUGGUUGUGAUGCCCGAGGCCAUUCUCGUGCUGGAAAUGAUACUGUAUCAUGGUAUUGUGUUAUUGUAGCAGGAAGACUGGGUCCAGAACUCAACAAAAUGCGUGAAACCAUGCGCAGGGUGGAAGAACUAUUAUUAAAUGAUGGGGAGCCAAGUGUUGUUGAUAAAGAUCAAUCAUCAUUGUUGGCAACUGCACUGAAAAACAAGCGACUGACAUUUGCUUGGCUUGAUGGAGAAGCCCAACAAAAAUAUUGUCUCUUUUACCUUCAUUCAGAAACCAGCUAUGAUACCUGUGGACCACGGAGGGAUAUGGUUGAUGUACCUAGGUUAUUUAUUGUGCGUUACAAAAGGAAUGCUACUCAAGACAAUGUCAGAGUUAAGAAAAAUAUAUUAGAAUAUGAGGAUGCAGAUUCUGCAUCACAGCUUGUGGCAAGGUACAAUGGUUCAGAUGAAAUUCCACAGAUCAUUAGGUGGAUCUCAGAAACAAUGAGGGAUGGCGAAACCAGGGAUCUCCCCUUCUUUAAAGCAAAAACUCCUGAUCUUGUACCUGAAGACUCGGAUCCUAUUUGGUCAAGAGGUGCCCAAAAUAUUCUGUCCAGAAGUGUUGGAAUCAAGCACAGGAUCCGUGGAAUCAUAAGCAGAAUUUGUGAUUAUAUAGGAGAUCCAAGAAUCGGUCCAAUAUUACUUGUAGGAUCUUUGAUGUCUUUUGGUACGGUGUGGCUGAUGAGGAACCAAGCAACUCAUCAGAGUCGAUCAAGUCAAGCAAGGGAGUCGAGUUUGAAGGAUGAGAAUACACGAAAACGCAGAGAGAGAAGAAGAAAUGCUUCCAAGAAGGAUAUACCUCCUUCUAUAACAGACAUGGAACCCAAAGAUGCGUACCAGAUGCCUUUGUCAGAUUCUGAUGCCGAGUAGCAGGUGCUGCAAUGGUUUUGGGAAAUGGAAAGUAACCAUUCUAGUUUAUUUUCUUAGCCACAGAGCCGAGUGGAAUAGUUAUACCAGGCAGUAAGCCCUUUAGCGCUUUCUAGCCCUAGAUUGGGGAGGAUAUGCGUCGGUGCUGUAUAAUUUUAUCAAAAGGAACGAAUUUAGAGCUGAAAAUUUCCAUCCAAGCUUUUAACUAAAUUGACUCUCUUUGGUAUGUUGGCUUGACCCGCACUAUAAUGGCAUGCUUAUCUAUCUUAUUCUCCACUCUUAGCCAUUGUUGUGGGAACACAGUGAAGCUUUCUCAAGCUCGUUAAUGAUUUCUGGACCUAGUGAAUUUACAGCUUAUUAAUGAUUUCUGUAAUUCCAAGUUGUGCUUUCA